UUUUUAGGGGGUGUUUGGUAUGGGUUUUUGAUAGAGUUGGAAACGGAAUCUGUUACCGUUUCCUGUACAUUGUGUUUGUUUAAUGGGUAAAGAAACAAAAACCGUUUCUUGGCUCUAACCCUUUCCAUCAUUUUGUUUCCAGAGGAAAGCAAAGGGAAACAAAUACCUUUCCUUACUGUAACAAAAGAAAACAAAGUUUUCUCUCUCCUCUCUCCUCUCAUCCAACCCUUCUCCUGAGAAUUCCCAACCUCCUUCGACAUUUUUUCUGAAAAUUUUCCUAUGAAAAUUGCAAUUCUCCUGAUUUCGCUGCAAAAUUUUCAAUUUUCUACCUAAAAUCUACAGAAAUCUACAAUCUCAAGAUGGAGGCUAGCAAUCGAGGAAGAGGUAAAAAUAAAAGGUAUUGGACGUAUGAAGAAGAUGCGGUUCUAAUAAGAUAUUUGCAUGAGUUGAGUUGCGAUCCGAAGUGGAAGUGUGAGAAUGGGUUUAAGAAUGGUUACAUGAAUAAGUUGGAAGAGAUGAUCAAUGGUGUACUUCCUAAUUGUGGCUUGAGAGCGGUUCCCCACAUUGAGUCGAGGAUCAAGCAUUGGUCGGAGAAAUAUAGUGCAUUUGCAGAAAUGUUAUCCACCUCAGGAUUUGGAUGGGAUGCUGAAAAGAAAUUGUUGCAAGUAGACAAGGUCGUGUACGAUGAAUGGGGUGAAGGUAUGAACUGCUAUUUCAUUCCUCUUUGUUCAUUUUUUUCAAUUACACUUUAGAACUGCUGCUGGACAGUUCAUAUGACCUGAGAGAAUUGCUGCUCAUAGUGAAUAUGAGAGAAGUAGGGAGAGAAGCAGUGUGUGUAAGGGAAGGGGGCAGGGAGGGGAAUAGGUGAUAGGGGAGGGGAUAACUGAUAGUUCAGGUUCUCGAAGUCCAUCUUCACUGAUUUGAGUUUUUGAGUUACCUUGAACAUAGCAGUCCCUUGUCUAGUUUGCACCCAUGAAUCCUCCACAACUUUACUGAAACUAGCAUAUUCAGCCCAAACAUUGAAGAAGUUGAUUUAUUAAUUUACUGUUUUAAGUUGAUUUUAUGAUUUUGCAAUUCUGAGUUGUUUGAAACAGAUUGGUUCACAAUGUGAUUAACAACUUUGUCAAAGUUUGGUUGGGAUUUAUUCAUUGUAGAUGGAGUAAUUGUAUCUUGUUGAUGAUCACUUGACGGUGUGAUUCUAUUACUUUUUUUUUAUAAGCUGUAUUUAUUUUAAAAUUAUUAAGCUGUCUUUGUUUUUGAAUUUUUAGUUUUUGCAGCGAUAUGGGAAUAUGUAGAAUAAGCAGAAAGUUUAUAUCUCAGAAUCUAGUAUGUACUGCUGCUGAAGCACUCUGCUACAGUAUGUGUGGUUAUAGUUGCUUGGUUCAAUUCUGAUUUUCAUGUUUUGACUUGUUGCAUUCUCUUAUAUGGCAGACUCAUGAGAAAGCUAAAGGGUUGUUUGGAGUUCCAUUCAUUCACUAUGAAACUCUUGCGGAGAUAUACGCAAAAGACAAAGCUACCGGAGAUGCAAGUGAGUCGUUUGUUGAUGCUAUAGAAGAAAUGGAUCAAGAGAUUGAUAAGCAACCAUUCAAUGUCCAGAGUGAUGAAGAAGAUGAUGUGAAUUCUACUCAUUCGGACACUUAUUCUUCUACAAGUCAAUCCGGAAAACGCCCCAUGAAGAUAGAGGAUGAUCAUAUAACUCCUUCAAAAAUGGCAAAAGUGAAGGCUUCUACAAUUCAUUCUUCCGCAAGUGAUUCUACUACUCAAUCCGGAAAACCCUCUAUAAAGGCAAAGGAGACUAAGGUGAAAGGAAAGAACAAGGUAAAUUUGAAGAGUUUGUGUAGGAAUGAUGAUGAUGAUUUGGUGUCCUCCCUCCGUGAUUGUUCCAACAAUUUUGGGAAGAUAUUUGAAAAUAUCAAUGUUAAUCUCGGGACUAUGGCUAGUGCAUGGUCUAAAGCGGAAGAAAGGGAGCAAAGGAUGGAUGAAAAGGUGAACAAGGUAUUGGACGAGGUGAUGAAGUUAGAUGGCAUUUCUCCAUCCGAAGCUUUAGAGGUUGCUACUAUUCUCAUGGCGGAAGAACAUAAGCUUCGCAUCUUCUAUCAAGCACCAUUAAAUAUGAAAAAACAAUAUGCAAUUGAUCUUCUUAAGAAGUAACAACUUGAGCAAUGUCUUUGUUUUUUUGUUAAACAUAUGCAACUUGAGCAAUAUAGGUUAUGUCUUAGGAUUAUUCAUA